UUGGGUUCGCUCCCUGCCUCUACCCGGGCUCAGUAACACAACUCCCACAACAAUUUCUGUCGCUUUUUUACGCAUUGUAUGGAGCCUCCAUCAUUUCUCUAACCUAUAUACGGAAACGGAACCGGGGGAAUGGCAGCCGGAUUCGGUCCGGUGUAAGGGGUGGGAAUGAAUCGGCACAAGGAUAAAUGGUUAUAAACAAUUAUUUAUAUUCAAUGCUAGCUUUUGAUUGUGACUGACUCGCCGAGAGAGGGAGAGAGAGGUGGGGGGGUAUCAUGGCCGCUCAGGUCGCCAGCGCCGCCACUCUCAACACUAGCCCGCCUUCCGAACUCAAAAAGCCGGAUCGAGACCCUAAGGAGGAGUCGGUACCGGGGGAGAAGCAGCCGGAUAAAAAGCAACCGGGGUUGGAGAGCGGAUCGCCGGGCCGGGGGGAUCUGCAGGACGGGGCCGAAGGUGGAAAUGCAGGGGGAGGAGGGGAACCUGAGAUGAAGAACGGGAAUGGGAACCCGCCCAGGGCUAAUAAUAAUAACCAGAAUGACUCCGUCGGACCGGAGGGAAAUAACCACCCCGGUAUGGUACAUCACCACGGGCCCGCUUUUCCUCCACCUUCGUACGGAUACAGUCAGCACUACGGUCGGGCCCCUUUUCAUCAACAUGGCGGACAACAAAGCCCUGGCAUGGCAGCUGCUGCGGGUCCAGUCGUGCAGUCGAGCAACAUGAUGGACCCGUAUCAACCCAACUCGCACGACCAUGGCUUUUCCAACCACCAGUUUAACAAUUACAACCCAUUCCCGAAUAGGACUCCCUAUCCCGGCCAAGGAUACGCCAUGAACUCCCCUCGCAGUACCCAGGCGCCGACAGCUGGGGGGCAGCCAGCUAAGCAGCAGCAACCAGCGGGAGGACCCGCCGCGAUGGCUGGAUCUUACAAUAAUCAGAGAUAUAGCAUGGGAAAUCCUCAGCCUACGUCCACCCCAACACUCAACAAGCUCCUGACUUCCCCCAGCUCCACACGGGGGUAUCCAAACUACCCGUCUAGCGACUAUAGUAGCCAAGAAGGAGCUAGUAAGGGACCAACAGACAUGGGCAGUAGCGGUCAGUAUGGAGGGAGCAAUCCGGGUUGGCAACAAAGAAGCCAUCACCCGCCGCCUAUGAGCCCGGGAAGUGCAGGGCAGCCGCUAGGUAGAAACCAGCCACCUGGUCCCAUGGACCCGAUGGGGAAGAUGAGAGGUCAACCAUAUGGAGCAGGCAGUCCGUACUCACAGCAGCCGCAACAGGGGCCUCCCACUGGUCCACAGCAGGGGCCUGGUUACCCUGGCCAGGGUUAUGGCCCUCCGGGUCCACAGAGAUACCCAGUGGGAAUGCAAGGACGGACCCCUGCAGGCAUGGGAGGCAUGCCUUAUGGGCCACAGAUGGGAUCCUAUGGACAGCAGGGACCAGGAGGUUAUGGGUCUCAGAGCCAGACACCAUACUACGGCCAGCCUGGCCAGGCUCCUCACCCAGGCCAGCAGCAGACGCCCUACACCCAGCCCCCACCAGGACAACAGGGCGGACAGACACCAUAUCCAGGGCAGCCCCACCCUCCGCCAACUUCUGCCCCCCACAGCCAGGGAGCGCCGCCCUAUCAGCAGCCCCACAUGCCCCCUCAGUCCCAGGGGCCACUGCCAGGCCCAUCACAAGGGCCCCCACAGUCUCAGCCACCUUAUUCCCAAGCUUCAGCACCGCCGUCUGGUCAGUCUCCUUACCCCCAGCAGCAGGGUCCCCCCAGCCAGCCUCCGCAGCAGCCGAGCUCCCAGGCUCCCCCUGGAUCACAGGCCCAGUCCAACUACCCAGGAUCAACGCAGGGGCCUCAACAACCCUCUUCACAGCCACAACAGACGCCCGGUCAGCCCCCGCAGCAGCCACCGGGACACAGCCAGCACCCACAGGGCCAGCCGGCAGCAUAUCCCCAGAACCCUCCGCAGCAGCCGCAGCAACAACAGCAGCAGCAGCAGCAAGCACAACAGUCACCUUAUCAGCGCUUUCCUCCUCCACAGCAACAGGAGGUAUCCCAGGACUCAUUUCAGUCCAAUGCCCCUCCAUCCACUCAGCCCAAAACUGGCUCAGAGGAUAAUCAAGGCCGCCCCUCCAGCCUUCCGGACCUCUCUGGGUCCAUUGAUGACCUGCCGACGGGCACGGAGGGCGCCCUGAGUCCUGGCGUGAGCACUUCUGGUGUGUCAAGCAGCCAGGGCGAGCAGAGCAACCCGGCUCAGUCGCCCUUCUCUCCUCACACCUCUCCCCACCUGCCAGGCAUCCGUGGGCCUUCACCUUCGCCGGCGGGGUCCCCUGCUAGCGCCAGCACACCCCGCACAGGGCCACUCUCGCCCGCCAACAUGCCAGGGACCCAGAUGCCCCCAAGGCCGUCAAGUGUGCAGUCGGAUGGCAGCCUACACCCCUCUAUGAGCCAGUCUCCUAUGGCCCAGGACAGAGGCUUUAUGCAAAGAAACCCUCAGAUGCCACCUUAUGGUUCCCCGCAGUCAGCCUCUGCACUGUCGCCACGCCAGUCCUCAGGGGGACAGAUGCAUCCUGGGAUGGGACCCUAUCAGCAAAACAACUCCAUGGGUGCCUAUGGGCCUCAGGGAGGACAGUAUGGCCCCCAAGGUUACCCCCGGCAACCCGGCUAUGGCAGCAUGCCCAAUGCCAACUACCCUGGGCCUGGCAUGGGCCCAAUGAACCCCAUGGCAGGUCAGGGUGGGGGACCGCCAUAUGCUGGCAUGCCUCCUGGUAGGAUGCCUCCCAGCCAGAUGGGGGCACGUCCCUAUGGUCCUAACAUGGGCCCUAACAUGGGUCCCAACAUGCCUCCAAACAUGGGCAACAUGCCACCCCAGGUGGGCUCAGGGAUGUGUCCUCCUCCUGGCAUGAACAGAAAAGCCCCAGACGCUGCAGCUAUGCAGCAUGCUGCAACCAACUCCAUGCACAACAGGAUGCCUGGUUACCCCAACAUGUCUCCAGGCAUGAUGGGUUCUGGCCCUCCCUAUGGCCCUCCCAUGAACAACAUGCCUGGCAUGCUGAAUACCCAAGGUGGCUCGCCUUAUCCUAUGGGGCCAAAUAUGGCCAAUAACUCCAGUGGUAUGGCCCCCAGUCCAGAGAUGAACAAUAAGAUGAAUAACAAAGUAGAUGGCAGCGGAACACCCAAACCAGAAGCCAAAUCUAAGCAGAAGUCUAAUUCGUCCACAACGACCAAUGAAAAGAUAACACGUCUCUACGAGCUGGGACCGGAGCCUGAGAGGAAGAUAUGGGUGGACCGUUAUUUGGCCUUCAUUGAAGAGAAAGCCAUGGGCAUGAACAACCUACCCGCUGUAGGACGCAAACCCCUUGAUCUCUUCAGACUGUACAUGUCAGUUAAAGAGAUCGGAGGGAUGACACAGGUGAAUAAGAACAAGAAAUGGCGUGAACUGGCCACCGCCCUGAAUGUGGGCACAUCUAGCAGUGCUGCCAGCUCUUUGAAGAAACAGUACAUCCAGUGUCUGUAUGCCUUUGAGUGCAAGAUUGAGCGUGGGGAAGACCCUCCUCCUGAGAUUUUCUCAGACAACAAAAAGAACCAGACUGCUAAGGUCCAGCCACCCUCUCCAGCGUCCCUCUGCUCCACAGCUGGGUCAGGCUCUCUGCAGGGCCCUCAGACACCUCAGUCCACCAGCAGCUCCAUGGCUGAGGGGGGAGACUUAAAACCUCCCACCCCAGCCUCCACCCCUCACAGCCAGAUGGCCCCCAUGCCACCUGGGGCCAGGAGCAGUGUUAACCUGCAGGAUCCCUUCUCUGAAGGUAGCGAUCCUGCAUUCCCCAGGAGGAACAUGACUCCCAACUCCGCCUAUCCAUCUGGCAUGAGCACCCCAGAGAUGCAGGGGCGUAUGGGUCCCUACGAACCCAACAAGGACCCCUUUGGUGCCAUGCGAAAAGUAGGGGAACAGUUUCUGCCUGCUAACCAGGGCCCGAACAGUGGUGUAGGUGAACAGCAGCCACAGCAGCAGCAACCGCAGCCGCAGCCGCAACAGCAACAGCAACAGCCGCCAUUCAACCGAGCGCCACCUGGGGCCAUGGGCACAAUGCCUAUGGGGCCCAGACAGCAAUAUCCUUAUGGACCAGGCUACGACAGGAGAUCGGAGCAAGGAAUGGGCCCAGAGGGCAACAUGGGAUCCGGUGCUCCUCAGCCAAACCCUAUGAUGCCUGCCAAUGCCGACACGGGGAUGUAUUCGCCAAACCGCUUCCCACCACAGCAGCCACGACAUGAUUCCUAUGGUAAUCAGUAUCCUGGCCAGGGAACUCCCCCUAGUGGAUCCUACCCAAAUCAGCAGCCUGGAAUGUACCCACAGCAACAACAGAAUUAUAAGCGACCUGUGGAAGGAGGUUACCCUCCAGCAAAGCGUCAUGAGGCAGAGUAUAGCGGGCCUUUCCCUGGUGGACAGCAGCCACCGCAGCAGCAACAGCAACAGCAAGGAGGCGCCUCUGCACCCUCUUCAGGACAGCAGGAGUCAUACAAUCAGUACAGCGGCAGUGGGCCAUACCCUGGCUCUGAUCGCCGUCCACCUGGCCCAGGCAAUCAGUUCCCCUUCCCUUUUGGUAGGGAGCGAAUGCAGGGUGCAACCGGACCCAGUGCUCAGCCCACCAUGCCCCCUCAGAUGAUGCAGUCGGGUGCUGAGGGUCCUCAGGGAGGCAUGUGGCAGGGACGAGGAGACAUGAACUAUCAGAACUACCCCAACCGGCAGGGUGGCCCUGGUGGUCCGGCCCAAGGACCCAGUUACCCAGGAAUGAAUCGCUCCGAGGAGAUGAUGUCAUCAGAACAGCGCAUGAACCACGAUGGCCAGUGGGGUGGCCAGAUGGGCCCACGACAGCCUCCCUUUGGUCCCGGAGGGCCAAGCCAAACCAUGCCCCGUUCUGUACAGUCCAACUACCAGUCGCCCCAGGGCGUACAGAACCACAUUCCACAGGUGUCCAGUCCGGCCUCCAUGCCCCGCCCCAUAGAGAGCAGGACGUCGCCUAGUAAAUCUCCCUACAUGCAUGUAGGAAUGAAGAUGCAGAAAGCUGGCCCACCAGUGCCUGCAUCUCACAUAGUGCCCCCUUCAGUGCAGUCACCUCUGAUAAGGCGAGACAUGCCUUUCCCCCCGGGCUCCAUAGAGGCUACCCAUCCUGUCCUGAAACCACGUCGGCGACUCACCAUGAAGGAUAUUGGAACCCCCGAGGCCUGGAGAGUCAUGAUGUCACUGAAGUCUGGUUUGUUGGCUGAGAGUACGUGGGCCUUAGAUACCAUUAACAUCCUCCUGUAUGAUGACAGCAGUAUUUCUACCUUCAGUCUCAACACAUUGCCUGGGCUGCUAGAGUUGGUGGUUGAGUAUUUCAGACGCUGCCUCAUUGAGAUCUUUGGUAUUCUGCGGGAGUAUGAAGUGGGAGACCCUGGCCAGAGGACACUACUUGAUCCUGAUGCCUUGAACCGAGACUGGGACAGCACGGAAGAAGAGGACCCACGGGUUCAGGAGAUGGAACCAGAGGAAGAAGACGAUGAGGAAGAGGAGGAAGGUACAACAGAGGGGCCAGUUCCUGUCAAGGAAGAAGAGGAGCCAGAGCAGUGUUCGCAGUCACGGGGUCGAGAGGAAACAGCAGAAGAUGAGGAGAGGAAGGGAAAGGAGUCGUCAUCUGAGCUGCCGAGCUCCUCACAGUCCUUAUCUGCACAUGAGAGACCCAAACAGGCCAGCAAGUUUGACAAGCUUCCCCUCAAGGUGGUACGAAAGAAAGACCCAUUUGUGGCUAGCCGCUCCAGCAAUCAUGGGAAAGUGCAGGAGUUUGACAGCGGGCUACUCCACUGGAGUGCUGGAGGGGGAGACUCAACAGAACACAUCCAGACCCACUUUGAACCACGUGAAGACUUCCUGGAGCCACGAGAGCGAGUACCAGUGCCCCCAGUCAUCCUCAAGAGAAAAAUCCUAGAAGAGGAAACUGUUUUGCCAAGAGAGGAGGAGAAACGGAAGCAUCAGGGUGAAGAAGACUGUUCAAAACAGAUAUCUCCCUCAGAGAAGGCACCAUUGUCAGAUAAGGCCAGCUCCUCAGUUAGUGGUGAGGAGAAAAUAACUGAUUUUGAGACUAAGACACUUGAGAAAGAGGAAGCUAAAAGUCACCAGGAGAAUAACAGACCCAUUGCUUCCUCCAGCAACAUUGUAAUCCAGCCAGCUCAGCGUGUUGGUACCAUUUUGGAGGAUGAGCCUCACAGUAAAGAUGAGGGGCCACUCAUCACACUGGCAAACUGGCAGGAUUCUUUAGCCCGCCGCUGCAUCUGUGUGUCCAACAUUGUCCGCAGCCUCUCAUUUGUUCCAGGCAAUGACCACGAGAUGUCCAAACAUCCAGGGCUGCUGCUGCUACUGGGACGCCUGAUUCUGCUCCAUCACAGGCACCCCGAACGCAAACAGGCCCCCCUCACGUACGAGAAAGAUGAGGAGUCUGAUGAGGGAGUGGGCCAGAGGGAUGAGUGGUGGUGGGACUGCUUGGAGCUCCUGAGGGAGAACACACUGGUCACUUUGGCGAACAUCUCAGGCCAGCUGGACCUCUCGAUCUACCCUGAGAGCAUCUGCCUGCCUCUGCUGGACGGCCUUCUCCACUGGGCUGUUUGCCCCUCGGCUGAGGCCCAGGACCCCUUCCCCACCCUGGGACCCCACAGCGCUUUGUCACCUCAGAGACUGGUCCUGGAGACGCUAAGCAAACUAAGCAUCCAAGACAACAACGUGGACCUCAUCUUGGCCACUCCACCGUUCAGCCGGUUGGAGAAGCUGUACGGGACCCUGGUGCGGCUGAUCGGCGACAGGAAGGUGGCAGUCUGCAGGGAGAUGGCAGUGGUCCUACUGGCCAAUCUGGCCCAGGGUGAUAGCCUGGCAGCCCGCGCUAUCGCUGUACAGAAGGGCAGUGUGGGCAACUUGCUGGGCUUCCUGGAGGACAGCUUGGCAGCUACACAGCUCCAGCAGAGCCAGAGCUCUCUGCUACACCUACAGGGGAUGCACUUCGAGCCCACAAGCCCGGACAUGAUGCGGCGAGCAGCCCGGGCUCUGCACGCCUUAGCCAAGGUGGAGGAGAACCACUCAGAGUUCACACUAUACGAGUCUCGACUCCUCGACCUCUCUGUGUCUCCCCUUAUGAACUCGCUGGUGUCUCAUGUCAUCUGUGAUGUACUCUUUCGGAUUGGCCAGUCAUGACAGCUGUAGGGAGCCGUGGCUCCACCUUUUUGGGGUUUUAUCCCUGUCCCCUCUUCCCUGGUAACCUGGCUUGUGUGUGUAAAGGGGCAAGGAAAGCUCAUGUGACAGUUUUAAUUUAUGCAAACCCUUCAGAUUCCAUUCUCUGAGCCCUCCCCAGGCCGUCCUUGCUCAAGGAGGGUUAUCACAGAGCUGCGGUGGAUUACAAACCAGAGAGUUGCCCACAAAGUGACACUACUUGCAACGUGAAUGCCAACUAGACAACACAGAGCAGAGCACCAAGGUUGGGAGACCGUUCUGCACUUGGGGGAAAGUACUUUUUAAUAAAGAUAAAUAAAUGAAUAAAUAAAUAGCUGAAAAACAAAAACUGUAACCAAAGUUGCUGUCUCGUUUACAGUGAGUUUGGGAGACAGAGUGUGCCCUAGCUCUCCCCUCGAGGGCACGAUAAGUCUGUAACUGGUUGACGUACUGAGGUGAAGCAGACUGACAAGUGGCCUACUGGUUAUAGUUGCUGUAAUUGGAUUCUCGCCAGUCAGCCCAACAGUAGACAAAAUGCUGUCAAUAGACACCUUCACCGGGGAGGCCUGUGCAGUGUGCAGUAGAUUGUAGGACAUUUUCUGUACCGUACUGCUCUUGAGUGUAAGCAUUCUGUAACACACGUUUCACACACAGAGAAGCUGACAAUGUGGCUCUUCUAGAGUUUUGAGGUCAUUUUAGUUUGAUGUUAAAGAGAAAAUGGCUUUCUUCCCCAAAGUAUCGAGAACCUACAACACCCUUACCUCCUCUCUUUAUCCCUUGAUUGUAUGAAUACCCUUAUGAAAAGAAAUCACCUCUUAGGACUGGUUUUCAACUUCAAAUACAGCUUUGCUGUGGUGUAUAUAUAAUGUUGUACAUUACACUUCCUUUCUCUGUGUCUGUCUCUGUCUGUGUCACUAUUCUCACACUUGUUAUUUGUGAGGGAUGGAGGCUGACAUGAGUUUGGUCCCUGACCUCCAGUCCCCACUGAUUAGACCCUCUCCUCUGGUCUCUCCACAGCUCUGUAGUACGGCAGACACGGCUCAAACCUGUUAUCUCCUGGUACAACAAAAUAAACUCUAGAUGAAGUACACAUUUGACAAUUUUUCUCCAGUAAUAUGGAUUCUGCAUAUUUGUAUUUCAGACUAUGUAGCUAAGUCAACAUGUAAAUUCCUCCCUUUCCCUUUUUUGGCUCAAUGAAUAUCAUUUAUUCAGUAUGAAAUCUUUAUACUAUAUGUUCCACGUGGUAAGAAUAAAUGUACAUUAAAUCUUC